AUGGAUGUUAUAAUAUUAGCAGCAGUAUUUCCAAAACCUGUUCAUUUUUGGGCAAAAAAUUCGAUUUUUAAAAUGAAUUCUGUUGUUGCAAAAAUUCUCUAUAAUAUGGGAGUAAUUCCUGUUGACCGAGAGACAAAAAAUAAUAAUACUCUUUUUAAAAUAACUUUUAAUGCAUUAAAAAAUCUUGAAACGUUAGCAAUUUAUCCAGAAGGGACAUCGCAUACUAGUCCACAUCUUCUCGAUCUUAAAGAUGGAGUAUCAUGGGUUGCUCUUCAAUACAAAUAUAAUAUAUUUGAUCACAAUAUACAAUUGCAAAAGAAGCCAAAUAAGUUGAAUAAUUUAAUUCUUCUUCCUGUUGGAAUAACAUAUCUUGAAAAAUUUAAAUAUCGAAGCAAUGUAAUUGUUACUUAUGGUUCACCUAUUAAUAUUUGUUUAUAUGAAGAUAAUUUUUUGGAAGACCCAAAAAAUAAUGUAAAAAAGUUAACAAAUCUUAUAAAAGAAAGACUUUAUGAAAUUACUAUUAAUGCGACUAAUUGGAAUGUUUUAAAAGUCUCAGAACUUUCUCGAUCUAUAUUAUUUAGCGAAAAUAAAAAUAUGAAUCUAAAAAACCAUAUAUUGAUAACACAAAGUCUUAUAAAUAUAUUUGAAUCACGACAGUUAAACAUAGAGAAUCAAGAUACUUCGGAUUUAUAUAAUAUUUUGGAAAAUGAAUUAAAGGCUUUAGCAUCAAUGCACAUAGAAGUUAAUGAUAUUAUUAAUUUAUAUAAAGUAUCUAGGAAGUAUAUUUUAUUUGAAAUUAUUAGAAAAACGGUUUCUUUAGUAAUUCAUUCUCUAUUCGUUUUACCUGUAAUUAUUAUAUAUAUACCGAUUUAUGCAAUAUGUUCAUUUGUUGAAAAAAAACAGACAUUUAACGAAUCUAAGGCUCAAGAUAAAGCUUUAACAGCAUUUUUUGUUUCUAUCAUAGUAAAUAUUUGUUUAUUUUUUCUUAUACAAAAAAUUAUUAUAUUUUAUCCAUUAAAUGAGGUUAUUUCUAUAUGCGUCGUUAUUAUUAUUGUGAAUUAUUAUAACAAAGUUAUUGAUGGUUUUUAUGAUAAAUGGAAAUGUUAUAAAAAAGCAUGGUACAUUGGGUGGUUUAUUUUUAAACCCUAUGGUAAAAGCUAUAUUGCUCAAAGAUUAUAUCAAUUGCAGAAUGCUAAAAAAAAAUUAUUAAAUAUAAUACGAUCAGGUCAAGGCAAAGAUACUAAUACAAUAAAAGAUGCGUUCGAAAUGACACCCAUGAAGCAUUUUUAUAUGAAAUAG